GGCUCCGCAGGCUCCGGUCGCUCCCGCCUCCUCAGCGCUACCGGCGGUCGUAGCCGCGCACCCGGGCAGGCUCGGAGGAGCGGAGGUCAUGGCUUCUGGCUUCUCGGUCGUGCGGCUCCAGUGGAGGACAUGACGGCCAGGGGUCCUGCUCCAGAUCUGCUGCGGAGACCCAGCCGUCGCCGGGCACGAGCCUGCCCAGGACAGGAGAGUCCCUCUCUCUGAAGGAGCUCUACAGUUUGUCGCAAAGAAAGUGAAAAUGGCGACUUCAUCUAUCAGACGGCAGAUGAAAAACAUCGUGAACAAUUACUCGGAAGCCGAGAUAAAAGUCCGGGAAGCCACCUCCAAUGACCCGUGGGGCCCGUCUAGCUCCCUGAUGACGGAGAUCGCGGACCUGACCUACAACGUGGUGGCCUUCUCCGAGAUCAUGAGCAUGGUGUGGAGGCGGCUCAACGACCACGGCAAGAACUGGCGGCACGUGUACAAGGCGCUGACGCUGCUGGACUACCUCGUCAAGACGGGCUCCGAGCGCGUGGCCCAGCAGUGCCGCGAGAACAUCUUCGCCGUCCAGACCCUCAAGGACUUCCAGUACAUCGACCGAGAUGGCAAGGACCAGGGCAUCAACGUGCGCGAGAAGUCCAAGCAGCUGGUGGCCCUGCUCAAGGAUGAGGAGCGGCUCAAGGCUGAGAGGGCCCAGGCUCUCAAAACCAAAGAGCGCAUGGCCCAGGUGGCCACCGGCAUGGGCAGCAACCAGAUCACCUUCGGCCGUGGCUCCAGCCAGCCCAACCUCUCCACCAGCUACUCGGAGCAGGAGUACGGCAAGGCGGGGGGCUCGCCCGCCUCCUACCAUGGCUCACCCGAGGCCUCGCUGUGCCCCCAGCACCGCACAGGGGCCCCGCUGGGUCAGAGCGAGGAGCUGCAGCCGCUGAGCCAGCGCCACCCCUUCCUGCCGCACCUGGGGCUGGCCUCCCGCCCAAAUGGCGACUGGGCCCAGCCCUGCCUCACUUGUGACCGCGCAGCCCGAGCCACCUCCCCGAGGGUGUCCUCCGAGCUGGAACAGGCCCGGCCCCAGACGAGCGGGGAAGAGGAGCUGCAGCUGCAGCUGGCCCUGGCCAUGAGCAGGGAGGUAGCGGAGCAGGAAGAGCGCCUCCGGCGGGGUGACGACCUCAGAUUACAGAUGGCCCUAGAAGAAAGCCGGAGAGACACAGUUAAAGUUCCAAAAAAGAAAGAGCAUGGCUCCCACCCACAGCAGACCACUCUGUUGGACUUAAUGGACGCGCUCCCCAGCUCGGGGCAUGCUGCCCAGAAAGCAGAGCCCUGGGGCCGGUCAGCCUCAGCCAACCAGACAAACCCCUGGGGCGGGCCGGCGGCCCCAGCCAGCACUUCAGACCCCUGGCCAUCGUUCGGUGCCAAGCCGGCUGCCCCCGUCGAUCCGUGGGGGGUGCCCACCGGAGCCAGCACACACUCCGUCUCCAAGAGCUCAGACCCGUGGGCAGUGCCGCAGCAGCAGGCCCCCGGUGCUGGGAAGACGGCCGACGCCUGGGCCGCAGCCUCGGCCACCAAGUCCGUUUCGGCCGCUGGGGCCUUUGAUCUCUUCAGUAAUCUGAAUGGCACAAUUAAAGACGACUUCUCUGAAUUUGAUAACCUCCGGACUUCGAACAAAACAGCUGAGGCAGUGGCCUCUCCACCGUCCCAAAACAACGGAACUACCAGCCCUGACCCCUUUGAGUCUCAGCCCCUGACCGCUGCCUCGAGCAAGCCCAGCAGCUCCCGGAAAACUCCCGAGUCCUUCCUGGGCCCCAACGCAGCCCUGGUGAACCUGGACUCGCUGGUGACCAGGCCAGCCCCACCGGCCCAGUCCCUCAACCCGUUCCUGGCACCAGGUGCAGCCGCAGCCUCGGCCCCGGUGAGCCCCUUCCAGGUGCACCAGCCCCAGCCGCUGACGCUGAACCAGCUGCGGGGGAGCCCGGUCCUGGGGGCCAGUGCAGCCUUUGGGCCGAGCCCAGGCGUGGAGCCCAUGGCCAUGGCCUCCAUGACCUCCGCGGCUGCACACCCAGCUCUGGGGGCCAGUGGCUCCUCCCUGACGCCGCUGGGCCCCGCCGCGAUGAGCAUGGUAGGCAGCAUGGGCAUCGCCCCGUCGGCAGCUCAGGCCACCGGCACAACCAACCCUUUCCUUCUCUAGUGCCCGGGCCCGGGGCCGCUACAGAGCGCGUGCCCAGAGCACCUGUGCCUGAGGACGCCGAGCAGGGACUCCAUAGCGGAGGGGGUGGGUGUUCAGGCUGUCUGCUUCCGGCUUCCUGAUCAAAGGGUUGUCCCUACGGCCCUGCCCCCCCAGACUCCAGGGGUGGCCGGCCUUCUGAGGCUGCCGGCUGGCCCAUCCCCGGCCUGUAGCCCGACCUGCCCCCCCGUCGCCUCCCCACAUCCCCCCGGGCCUGAGGUCCUGGCUCCUGUGGAGAUUGGCCCGCUCUCUGGGGCCUCGGACCAGGGGGUAGAGUUGUCAGUGUCGCCCUCGCCCCUCAGCCUGAGGGCCUCUGGGACACCCCCUGGCCCGGCCUCGGGAUGGCCGCCGUGUCUUUGCCCCUGACCUCCAGCCCUAGUGGGACCCAGGGAGUCCCAGGUGUGGAUAGAAUGAAGCACCGGCCCCACAAGACCCUCACCUUUUGGGGACGUGGUUGUGCAUAUUUUGUUUCUCUUUGACUCGUGUGUGAGUUCAAAGUCAACAUGACCACCGUGGAACAACUCGAAUUAAAUCGACUAGAGCAAGCUUUAAACUAAUCUGAGCAUAACCCCGCCACGUGGCUCUGUGCUUGUAUACGUUUGCACAUAUUUUGUUUAGUACAGUUUCAUAUUUGAGUUUGCAGAAUUAUCUAAUAGUCUUUUUUUGGCUAAUAUUUUUAUAACGUGGUUCUUAUUUAACUGUCUAGUUUUGAUAGAAUUUACCAGGUCUGGCUGAAUUAAGAUACUGGCACGUGUCAUGUUAGUGGUUUAAAUCCUCUUAUUUAUGAUUUUAACUCUAAGAAAAUUUAAAUAGGAAGAGACAAAAAAAAUGCCUUAUGGAAAAACUAAAGCAGAUUCUUUAUAGGGAAAAAUAUGGGAAUUUGAUUACACAUAAAAGAUGAUGUUUAUUUAAAAAAACAAAACCUACAACAGCAACAAAAAAAAAAUCCCAGCCUCCAGUUGCCUUUUCCUUUCUUUCACUCCCUUUUUCGGGGACUUCCCAAACAAACUGACUUGCAGCCUUUUGGGCUAGAUCCUGAGAGGCUAUUUUUCUUACCAGUACACCACCGUCAAGAAAGUUAAAGGAAAAAAAAAUCCAGUGUAUGAAUGUGACUCGCCGGUUUUUAUCAGCUAAUUCCCUUUUGUAACUGAAGGCGUGCACAGAUCGACAAGGACUUCCGGCCUCCGUUCUCAGUGGAAGGCUGAAGCGGAAGAGGCAUCUUGAACCUUGUGUGUCUGUGAUCUCUCCUCUGUCUUAAUCCGCACUCAGGGUGAAGAUGGGGGUGGCAUGGAGGUGGCGGGUGUCUGGGUGCCCAGGGCUCCUGGGGACGGCCUGUGGGCCCAGCGGGGUGAGGGACCGGGGCUGGCCCUGCCCCACCCUCCUGCCACUUCCAGACACACACACUGCAGAUCAUCUCUUAUUUUGGAGAGGAGGGAAAAAAGGUCAUUCUCACACAAUAGAUUUUAACAAAUGUGCACUAAUCUUACCGCCCCUCCCGACCUCUUGCUUUCCCCACCACACCCACCACUGUAAGAAAAGUAUGAAUUCGUGAAAUAAAGACCAGAAAGGAUAUGCUUCUCCCCCCGGGGAAGGGACCCCAGCCACCCCCACCCCCACCCCUGCCAGUCCUGCGUUUGGUCGGCCCACCUGCCUUGCUUUCCACUGUGGACGGCUCAACCCUGACCCCAAGGGCAGCGGACCCCCCGCCUCCCUCCGCCCCCUCGCUGGUUCCGGGAGGAGCUGUGAUCCUGAGCACUGCACAGGAGAGCUGUGAGAUGCCAGGAGGCGAGCGGGCAGCGUCAGCCUGCCUGCCCAGCCACUCCCGUGUCCUGUUUCUACAAGCCCACCCGUGCUGCCCCCAGAGGCUGUCCUGCCUUAGGAGCCACUGCCAGAGCUCCUCUUGGGCCACUCCUCCGCCACAGCCGGGAGACCUGGGGCUGGACCACGGGCUGGGCCGAGUGUGGCCUCUCCCGACCCGGGGGAUGGUGGAGCCAGGGUGGGGCUCAGCAGGUCCCUUCCCCAGGGAGGUGCUUCCACUCCUGUGGUGUGAUCCCGGUCCGUCACAGGCUGCUAGACCAAACCUGACUGGGCCGGUUAUCCUUUUGUCACAGUCAAGACCCCUCCUGACAUGACUUUGAGGCCCCUUCCCGCCUCCUGGCCCAGGCGCCCCAUCCCCGUUGCCUGCUGCACUGAUCAUGAAGCCACCGGCUGCUGCCUCGUGUGGAUACACACGCCAUCACGCCCCCUCCCGAUGGGCACCGUGGUAGGGGUGUCACCCAGCCGUUUUCUCAGUCCCAGGGGCCGGUGGCUGGUUUUGAACUUGUGUUGACUAUUGAUACUUAUUUACUGUACAAAUAUAAUUUAUCAUUUGUAUCAUGA